ACAAACUGAGCACUUCCUGACUGAAACCGACAGUAAAGUGUAGCAGCAGCGCUGUAGGAGAAGAAGGACAGAGAGAGAGAGAGAGAGAGAGAGAGACAGAGACUCACAGUAACAGAGACUUUAUUCCACACGAUCUCAGAGGGAAAUCCAGAGAACAGCUCCAUGAUGGAGCUUCAUCACUCCAGCAGUGGAGGAGGAGCCUCUGAUCUAAAGUUAAAACGAUCUCCAGAACCCAGCUGUGUGUCUAUGAAGAGUGACCGGUCCAUGCCUCACCCUCCUGUAUUCAGUGGAGGAGGAGGAGAACCCAGCUGUGUGUCUAUGAAGAGUGACCGGUCCAUGCCUCACCCUCCUACAUUCAGCGGAGGAGAAGAACCCAGCUGUGUGUCUAUGAAGAGUGACCGGUCCAUGCCUCACCCUCCUACAUUCAGCGGAGGAGGAGAACCCAGCUGGGUGUCUAUGAAGAGUGACAUGUCCAUACUUCACCCUCCUGUAUUCAGCGGAGGAGAAGAACCCAGCUGUGUGUCUAUGAAGAGUGACCGGUCCAUGCCUCACCCUCCUACAUUCAGCGGAGGAGAAGAACCCAGCUGUGUGUCUAUGAAGAGUGACCGGUCCAUGCCUCACCUUCCUACAUUCAGCGGAGGAGCUGUACCCUCUGACCCAGAGCUGAGCUCCACAGAACCUGCACUGCAGAUAAACACUCUGUUGGAGGAAACUGGAGACCUGAAUCAGGAUUCUUACCAACCAGUGGAUGAUGAUCUACACAGAGUCUUACAGAGACACAAAACCAGCAUGAAGAACAAGUACGAGAGCUUAUUUGAGGGAAUCAGAACAGAAGAGAAUAAAACCCUCCUGAACAGGAUUUACACUCAGCUCUACAUCAUAGAGGGAGAGAGUGAAGGAGUGAAUGAAGAACAUGAGGUUCUACAGAUGGAGAAAACACCCAGGAGACGCUUUCAAGACUCUCCAAUCAACUGCUUAGACAUCUUUAAACCUCUACAAGGUCCUGAAGGAGAAACACGAGAAGAGACUAUUGGAGCUGUGGAGGCUGACAGACUCAGACACAGAGAAAGAGAAGAUCACAGACCAGAAGAGCCAGAGCUCAGAGCUGUUCUGACUAAAGGCAUCGCUGGAAUUGGAAAAACUGUCUCUGUGCAGAAGUUCAUUCUGGACUGGGCUGAAGGAAAAGCCAAUCAGGAUGUAGAGAUCAUGACUGUGCUUCCGUUCCGGGAGCUGAACCUGAUUAAAGAUGAUCAAUACAGUCUUCAUGGACUUCUGUGUGACUUCCAUCCUGAGCUCAAAGAUCUGGACCCAGAGAUUUAUGAUCAGAUCAAAGCUGUGUUUAUAUUUGAUGGUCUGGAUGAAAGCAGAAUUCCACUGGACUUUAAACAGUGUGAGAAAGUAUCUGACAUCACCAUGACAUCAUCAGUGGGAGUGUUGAUGACCAACCUCAUCAAAGGAGAGCUGCUUCCCUCUGCUCUGAUCUGGAUCACCUCCCGACCAGCAGCAGCCAAUCAGAUCCCUCCUAAAUACAUGAACCGUGUGACAGAAAUUCAGGGAUUCAGUGACCCACAGAAGGAGGAGUACUUCAGGAAGAGGAUCAGUGAUGAAGACCAAGCCCAGAGAAUCAUCUCCCACAUUAAGACAGUGAGGAGCCUCCACAUCAUGUGCCACAUUCCAGUCUUCUGCUGGAUCUCAGCUACUGUUCUUCAGAGAAUCAUGAAACAGCAUCAUACAGAAAUCCCUAAAACUCUGACUGAAAUGUACUCACACUUCCUGAUCACUCAGACCAACAUGAAAAACAAGAAGUAUGAGGAGAAAAACGAGAGAGACCCAAAGAAUCUGCUGGAGUCCAACAGAACCAUCAUACUGAAACUGGCUGAACUGGCUUUCAAACAGCUGAUGAAGGGCAAUGUGAUGUUCUAUGAAGAGGACCUGAGAGAGAGCAGCAUUGAUGUCACUGAGGCCUCAGUGUAUUCUGGGAUUUUCACUGAGAUCUUUAGGGAGGAAUGUGUGCUUCACCAGAGAAAGAUCUACUGCUUUGUUCAUCUGAGAUUUCAGGAGUUCCUGGCUGCUGUUUAUGUGUUUCACUGCUGUGAGAUCAAAAACAUGGAGGAACUAAAAAUAUUUAAACCACCAAGCAGAGAGAGGCCUGAGAAUGAUCCACAGAAGAGGUUUAGACCACAGUACAGAGAGAGGUCUGAGAAUAAUCCACAGAAGAGGUUUAGACCACAGUACAGAGAGAGGUCUGAGAAUAAUCCACAGAAGAGGUUUAGACCACAGAACAGAGAGAGGUCUGAGAAUAAUCCACAGAAGAGGUUUAGACCACAGUACAGAGAGAGGUCUGAGAAUGAUCCACAGAAGAGGUUUAGACCACAGUACAGAGAGAGGUCUGAGAAUAAUCCACAGAAGAGGUUUAGACCACAGUACAGAGAGAGGUCUGAGAAUAAUCCACAGAAGAGGUUUAGACCACAGUACAGAGAGAGGUCAGAGAAUGAUCCACUGGAUGAGCUGCUGAUGGGAGCAUUGAAUAAAGCAGUAAAGAGUCAGAAUGGACACCUGGAUCUUUUCCUCCGUUUCCUGCUGGGCAUCUCACUGGAGUCCAAUCAGAGACGCCUACAGGGUCUACUGACCCCAACACAGAGCAGCUCAGAGAGAACCAGAGAGCAGAUCAAGAGUUUAAUCAAAGGAGAUGAUGGUCAAAUCUCCACUGAGAGAUGCAUCAGUCUGUUCCUCUGUCUGUCUGAGAUGAAUGACCAGUCUCUCUCCAGAGAGAUUCAGGAGAAUCUAAACUCAGAGAGACACUCAGAGGAGAAACUCUCUCCUGGACAGUGUUCAGCACUAGCCUAUAUGAUCCUGAGCUCAGAGGAGGUUCUGGAUGAGCUGGACCUGAAGAAGUACAACACAUCAGAGGAGGGUUAUAGGAGACUGAUCCCAGCUGUGACUGUCUGCAGAAAAGCUCGACUAGCUGGCUGUAAUCUCACAAAGGACUCCUGUGAGGUUCUUUGCUCUGCUCUUCAAUCAGCAAACUCUCCCCUGAAAGAACUAGAUCUCAGUAACAAUGAUCUGCAGGAUUCAGGUGUGCAGGUGCUCUCUGAUGGACUGAAGAGUUCACACUGUAAACUGGAGAUACUCAGAUUGUCUGGUUGUAUGGUGACAGAUGAAAGCUGUUCUUAUCUGGUAUCUGCUAUGAAAUCAAACCCCUCCCACCUGAGAGAACUGGAUCUGAGCUAUAAUCACCCAGGAGAGUCUGGAGUGAAGCUGCUAUCUGAUCUAAAGGAGGAUCCACACUGCGCACUGGAGAAACUCAGGGUGGAUCAUGGAGGGAAGAUCAGGAUGAAACCAGGACUGAAGAAAUAUGCUGUUCGUCUCACUCUGGAUCCAAACACAGUGCACAGUGAGCUCUCUCUGUCUGAGAGGAACAGAACGGUGGAGCGGGUGGGAGAAGAUCAGUCGUAUCCAGAUCAUCCAGACAGAUUUGAGGACUGUCUGCAGGCUCUGAGUGCGGAGAGUCUGACUGGACGCUGUUACUGGGAGGCUGAGUGGAGCUGGAGGUGGGGGGGUAUUGUAGCAGUGUCCUACAGAGGAAUUGGGAGGAAUAAAGGCAGUAGUGACUGUUGGUUUGGAAGUAGUAAUCAGUCCUGGGCUUUCAUCCACUCUAAUAACCGUUACACUCUCAGGCACAAUAAUCAGUUAACUGCCAUACCUUACCCCCCAAACCCUUCUACCAGAGUAGGAGUGUAUCUGGACUGGGAGUCCGGCACUCUGUCCUUCUACAGCGUCUGCCCUGACACACACACACUGACCCACCUACACACACUCACCACCACAUUCACUGAGCCACUCUAUGCUGGGAUUAGAGUUUAUAAUGGCUCAGUGAGACUGUGUGAGAUAAAAUAACCUCCUGAAUUCUGGAGUAGAACUAAAACUCCAGAAACACACACGACUGUAGUACAUGGUAGAUUUUCUGUAAAUAAAUUAUAUAAUUAGAUUUAGGUUCACUUUAUAACAUUAGUAAUAUACAUCACAGGUAUACUUGGACUCUUAUAGUCUUUAUCUCAUCCUCCAUCCCUAAAAUCUGGGGGUAAAUUUUGACCAAGUGAUAAAAUUAAAAAAAUAAAUUAAUAUAUGCAGUUGGAUACAUGUUUCUAAACACUGAAACAUCAAGAGUCAUCCAUCCUCUGUCCUCCUCACACUGCAGAUAUGCUUUGUACAUGCUCUGCUUCUAGACCCUUAAAGUCUUCCUCCCACUGCUGUCUGUUCUGCAGUCCAGCUAAAGCUGAAGGACGAUCAUGAUUUAGUGGUUGCUGGUCAGAGACUCUUACCCAAGAUUAGGUCUGACUGGUUUACUGAAAAAGAGGAGAAAUGAUGGUGAAAAUCACACAGACGUGUUAAUUAUUACAAGUCCUGCUCCUGGAUUGUACACCCACAACACCAACAUCAUGCAGUCAUGGAUUUAUGUUCCCUGGGUUUUAGUUUCUGUGCAUGUGUUUUAAAUACUGAUAAUGAAAAAUAAAACGUACUCUAUGGAAACAUCACAUCAUUAUUUCUAUUUGUGCCAUCUAAAAAAAAAGAUUAUGCUUAUUUAUUUAUGUAUUUUUUUGGCAUUUUUUCCCAGCUUUCUCCCCAAUUUAUUAAUGUCCCAUUCUAACCCCAUUCUCAUGAUACUGCCAGUACUAGGAGGUGAAUAUAUAAAGUAUAUCAAAAUCAAUAUUUUAAAGAAUAUUUUUUUCACUUUAUAUUUAACUUUUUAUGUACAUAAUCUAUAUUUCAGUAUAUUUUGAAAAAAUAUUUUUCAUUCGGCUAAUUUGGUUCUGGUGAUAUACUUCAUAAAAAUAUAUACUUAGCAAAUGUGUUUUUUAUGAUUAAAAAGCAAUAAAACUACUUUAAGUACGCUUGCAAAACAUGCUGAAACAUUGCUUUUAUAAACUAUUACAAACUGUACUUCUAAUGAACUGUGCUAAUUUUGGGCUAAAUGUCACACAUCCACUGAGUCCCAGACUCCUCUGGGAGAUCACAUGACUUUCGACUUUCCUUCACAAUCAGACACUCACACGGACUCCAUCUCCCAGAAUCCUCCGGGAGAUCACCUGACUAAUGCCAGGACAUGCACUCCAAACAGCACUCUAGAUCUCCAGAGUACUAAUGUUUGUCACCUGACUCCUGUUUUUGACCUUUUGCCUGUUUUUCUACUACACCUUUUUACCUCUCCUUUUUGAACUGGUCACCUUGUGAUAUCUGCAUCUGUUUGUACUUGCUAUGCCUAUUGGAUUUGACCCCUGUCUGUUUUGUGACCAUGACUCUGGAUUCUGAAUCUCACAGAAAAGCCUCAUUUGUGUUUUCCAUCCGCGAGCAUCUGAUUCUGGUUGGCAUGUUACAAUAAAACUACAUUUUUAUAAAGCAUGUAUAAGGAUUGUUUAUUUCUGUAUUUUACUGUGCUUUAAUAAAGUAUAAUCAAAAACAUA